AUGCUUCUCCACGGUGCGCCAGGAGUUGGAAAGACCACAACCGCCGAGGGAGUGGCCGAAAAGUUCAGCAAGCCUCUGAUGCAAAUAACAUGCGGCGACCUCGGAACCGAUACAAGAAAAGUACAGCGCUCGUUGCAAAGCACGUUUGCCUUGGCCAGCCGGUGGGGUGCCAUCCUUUUGCUUGACGAGGCUGACGUGUUUCUCGCGGCCCGCGGGCGCAACGACUUUACACGGAACGGGCUGGUAGCCGUUUUUCUCCGCAUCCUCGAAUACUACACGGGAAUCCUUUUCCUCACGACGAACCGCAUCGGCGAUCUCGACGAGGCGUUCGCGUCCCGUAUCCAUAUGAUCCUCCACUAUCCGCAACUGGACGAGCUGCCUACAGUGAAAGUCUGCCGUAUCAACUUGAACAUGAUCCGCGAGCGCUAUCAUGCGGCCGGACUCGAAAUCAAGAUUGACAGCGACGCCAUUGAGGAGCACAUUCGCAAUCAUUGGCGGAAGCACAGCGACGCCCGUUGGAACGGCCGGCAGAUACGGAACGCGUGCCAAACGGCGCAAGCUCUUGCCGAGUAUGAUGCGCAGCCAUCGGAUAAGAAAUUCGACCUGACGGUGCAGGACCAUACCCGGGUGCAUCUCAAAGUCGAGCAUUUUCAGCGCGUGUCCGAAGCGUACCUGGACUUUUUCAACUACCUCAAGGAUGUGCACGGGACGAGUACCGAGACGAGGGCAAAAGAGCUUGGCAUCCGGGCCGUGGAAAUAAUGGGGGAGGAACAUCCUAGCGACGAUGCGUCUCGGCGUCUCGGCCGGGCAAGACAACCAGGUCGUGGGCGAUACGGAGGAAUGCAAAAUUCUUUGCAUGAGUUCCGCCUCCCCGCUACUACGCAGCUGCCAAUUAGACAACAGCCACAGCAGCAGCAGCAACAACAGCACCACCAGCCUCAGCCGCAGCUGUAUCGAUGUCAACAACAGCAGGAGCCAGCCAACUAUUUUCCAUACGAGCAGCUGCCAACGAGGCCUCAGCCGAUGGUAUAUCAGCGUCCACAGGAACAGUCUGUAUCCAGCAGCACAUACGCCCAGCCCUCGAUGGAACCCGCUUCUGUGGCAGCCAACCCAUUUACCACGGGUGAAAAUUACGUACCGACAUCCAGUAGCAACGUACCGGUAUCGCCAAUGCAUCCGUACGCACUUCCAACGCAACAGCAGAGGCCACAAGACCAUUCACGGUCGCCAUCGUAUCCUGGACAAGCUCGGCCUGUUGACCGGACCUCAGCACCUGCGGACCUCGGCCCCUGA